AUGAAGGCAUAUUGGUUCGACAACGAAGAGGGUGACCAGCGCCUCACCCACGAUUCCGGUCGUGAAGUCCCGGCCUCCUACCUCGCAAGCCUUGGUGUCCUAUACCACCACUGCCCUGAAGUGUCCACUGUCGACGAAAUCGCCAAAGAGCGUAAUUACAAGAAUCGAGAUGAGAUUACUGUUUCUCCCUCCGCUAUGGGUGCCGUCUAUGAAGAUAAAGUCAAGAUGUUCUUCAAUGAGCACCUGCACGAGGACGAGGAGAUCAGAUACAUUCGCGACGGAGCUGGCUAUUUCGAUGUCAGAAGUCGGGAUGACAACUGGGUCCGUAUUCGGUUGGAGAAGGACGACUUGAUUAUUCUCCCCGCUGGAAUUUAUCAUCGUUUCACCACCGAUGAGGAUAACUACAUCAAAGCCAUGCGGUUGUUCCAGGACGAACCCAAAUGGAUGCCAUUGAACCGUGGUGCUGAGACGGAUUCUAACCUCCAUCGCAAGAAUUACUUGCAGACGAGGGAUGUUGAGCCAGUUUCGGUGGCAUGA